AUGUCAAAAUCGCCCAUAGGUUUUUUGUGCGAAGGCCGAAUUGAACCUCAGCAGUGUAUGAAAGUUCUCUUGGAUGAGAAUGGAGGAGUUGUGACCGCUCCUACGCCAAGUUAUGAUAGGACCUCCAGUGUCCAUUGGCCCUGGGUGGUAGCGGCGUAUUCUUGGGAAUUAGGAUUGCCGCCGUUUAAUGGCGAAUGCAAAUGCGUAGAUCGCGAGACAGGUGAAGUGAAGGCUAAAAUAGAGAUCCGCUCUAAAACUGAUUACAUUUGUGACAUUGCCAGUAGGGUCUUCCGCGACGGUUACCACCCAAUUCGUGGCCCCUGGUGUUCUGUCGUUCUACAUCCCGGGAGCACAUUGACAAUAAGAGUGCCAACAGCGGAUGUCAACUCGGCUUCUAUAAAGGAGCCUUCUUAUGAGGAUUUAUAUAUGGAUAUAGACGAAGAUGUUUCCAGUGUCACGUUCUCUCAACUACCAUCUACCUAUGAAUUCGAUACUGGAUUCUAUCCGAAUGACUUGACUACGCUCAUACAAUUGGCAAGCGUCCAUAGCUUUGAUAUUUACGACGAAAUCUGCUACGACGAAGCACUUGUUGGUGAUGCCCUUGAGUUGGACGUUUCUCAAAUGCACCGAGGAGAGGUGAAACUGACAUACCAUCUGGGCAAACCGCUCGCAUUACGAGAUGGGGAAAACUCGUUCUUUUAUCACUGGGCAUUGAAAUCGAGAAAAGAGAAUAUUCCGGAUAACAUACGCGCCAUGGUACAGGUAUCCUUUGCGUUUACUCAUAGUUACCAGAUUGUCGGUUGCGACAACGGGGCAGAAAGCGUAUUCGACGCAGCUUUUAACCAGAAACACUGCUCAGUAAAGUCUAUGGCGAAUGGUAUAGGGGAUAUUUAUGAAUGUAUUUACCGUGACAUGAUGGAUGCAAAACAGGCUGGCAUCCACUGCAGGCCAGACGAGAUGCUCAUGCCAACUAAUUGUGAGUCCAUGGGUUACGAUCUCCAGUCUAAUCAGGUUAUGCCAUUUCCUGGAUCUGUGCGUAAUUCAACACUUCACCCAAUGAUGGGAUUUCAGGUCUUCUAUUUUGGCUUUCGCAAAUCUAGCUCCAUCAGUUAUGCUUGUAUAUGUGUUGACCAACGUGGGUACGAAAGGUCGAGGCUUAUUUUAGAGUCCAACCGCCAAGUUAGAUACACCUACACAGUGCGCCAAGAAGAGGCGUCUGACACACUGUUUCCUUACCUGUUAAUGCCUUUGAAUGAGAUGGGAUUAUCAGGUCAAGGGCUCACAUCACCAAUGUUGCUUAUGCUAAAUAACAUAUCCAAGAAGGAUAUUACAAUACACGUGGGGACAACGUUGUCUAUAAAUUGCGAAAACGAUGUCACUCCAUUCUUACGAUUUGGAGAAUCUUCAUACUACAGUGUGCUGUCGACUACGAUACCGACAAAAUGGCUGCCAAAGCAGUCUAAUGUAUUUUAUUAUACAAUCCAUCAGGUGCCCAGUGGACCUGAAGUUGUGCAUAAGGCGUAUAACGAUACGAUUGCUACUACUCCGGGCGGUUUUCGAGUCAUUUAUAACGAAAACGUAUCCACAACAGGAUAUCAACGCCUGAUUAUAGAAUAUCGUCAAGGCUCCAUCCUGAUUUCCAAAGACCUGCAGCACAAAAAAUAUGUGCCCAUGACAUUCGUCUGCGGGAAGGCGCUUCAACAAUUCGAUUUGUUCGUCACUGGUAACGAAUAUACAUCAGAUGUAUUUGCAUCUACCACUUCCAAUAUAGUACGACCAUCGGUAUUAUACACGUGGCACGUCGUUGAAGUUAAAAUCGAGACGACGGAUCCCUACAUGCAAGGAUGCGGCGUUACCUACGAGUCCACUGACCUAUUCAAGCCGGAGACGCCCAAACUCUACGACGGUGUUGGGCAGUCUCAGUUCGGGUGCAAGAUCGAUCUCCAAGAUGCCAAGGAAGCUGCGUUCUACUGCCCAGCGCCUUACGUCCUGGACCCACCCAACUGCUUCGGCCAAGUAUUAGUGGACGGUAGCAUCACUAACUUGGUCGAUGUCAGCAAAUCUUUGAGGGCAUCACGGUCCAACCACUUCGUCAUUCUCAGAUUUGAGAGUUCAAAAUUAAAACUUGCGGAAACGCUGCGCCAGACGCCGCCACUGGAGUGUCGUUGCGUCACCGUCAAGGGUAUCAUCCUCUCCACUAUACAAAUAGAGAAUUACUACGCCAAGUAA